UUCUUCUGCUGCUGCUUCUUCUUCUGCUGCUUCUUCUUCUGCUUCUUCUUCUUCUUCUGGCUCUGCGGAUGUUUGCUGGUUUUCUUUCCUAAUAAUGCAGCAGAUCUUUUCAGAUGAAUUUUUCGGAUGCAGAUCCAGAACCUAACUUGGUGCAGAUGUUUUCAGAAAACGGUUUUUCAAAAUAAAAUAAACAGACUGCUCACUACUGAAAAAUUAAUGAUUUUCAAGAUGGUCAUCAAGAAAAUAUAUUUUUCUUAUAAAUUUGCCAAUAUUUAUCAGAUGACUACAUAUCAAAUGUUUAUUGAUAUGAUAAUCAAUAAACUAUCAUAUUUAUUGAUAAUGUUUUAAUAUUCCAAGAUGGCCGCCAUGGUUGUCCCAGAAAGUCUUGGACUAAAAUCACCGAUUAGAUGUUUGUGUUUGGUGUCAAAUAAUAGGAACAAAUAUAAAAGUCUUUUUGGUUAUUUUUCCAGAAGCUAAAGCUAAACGCUAGCACAAAACAUUAGCCGAAGCUAAACCACGUUCAGAUUCUACUUUACUUCUUACGGAGGAACAAAAUGGAGACACUGAUUAAAGUUAAUCCAACUUAUGAAAAUGGGACCGUUUGAUUUCAAUAAACUGUUUGAGGCUCAUAAAGACGGCCAUCUUGAAAAGCCUCCGGGGUUAGCAUGCUAAUAGAUAGCAUGCAGCGAAGGUCCGGGAUCCUGAUAAAGUUCUGACCGGUGAACUUUUGUGUUCGGCUGAAUAAAUCAGAACAAACUGGACUGAAAAGCAGCUGAAGUCCGGACCGGUUCUGGUUCUGGACAGCUGCUGGAUCAGACUGGACCGACCGGGCUCUGCUCUGGCUCUUUAACGAGCAGCAAUGCGCGCUCCCGUCAGCAUCAGACGGGUCUCCACGCGAACGCGCAGGCGGUCCAUUAGCAGCAGCUGAGCCGGACUGGUACCGGAGAGGAGGGGCAGGAAUGCGGGCUGCAGCAGCAGCCUCCCCCGGCCUGCGGGUCGCUCCGGUCCCGGUCCCGGUUCCGGUCCCGGUCGGAGCUCCGGAGCAUCUCGCCGGCAGGAAGCCGCAGUACGCAGGCGCGGCCGCCUCUGCAGAGGAGGAUGGUGGGAGUCCGAGUCCCGGUCCGGACGGGCUGAAGUGUCCGCUGCGGAGGUUCACCUGGAGCCGGAGUCCCGCGGCCCGCAGCAACAUGGAUGACGACGCGACGCGGCGGCGGCGGCGGCCUCUGGUCCGAGCCGCGUCGGAGGACAGCGACUGGACCUCCGGCGGCUGCGGCCCGCUGCCGGGCGACACGCUGCCCUGGAACCUGCAGAAGCACCAGCGCAUGAAGCGGUCCAGGUCGGCCUCGGGGGACGUUCUGGACCCGGCGGAGCGGGCCGUGAUCCGGAUCGCAGGUGAGGCGCUGCGGCGGCGGCGGCCGGGCGGUUUUCGCAGCGCUCCAGUUGGAGCAGGGGGUCCAAAGUGGGUCCCGGUCCGCGGCAUCCUGCAGGUUCAGGUUCUGUCCCUGGUGGCAGCAAGAACCUUUUCAGAAGGUCAAAGUUCAUCUCAGGCCUCUGAUGAUCCAUCAGCUGAUCCAGGUGAAACCAGGGAGAGACUGAAACACGCAGGACGAGUCCAGGACCCACUUUGGGCUCCACUGGGUUAG